AUGGCAGCGGCGAUAAUUUUGGCUGUAGCUAUUAUACUUUUUACAGCAUGGGUAAUUAAAAGAGAGUUAUCAAGGAAAAAGAUUGAUAUAAUUCCAGGUCCAGUAGCCUUACCAAUUCUUGGAAAUGCUCACCAGCUAAAACAUACCAGCAGAGGGUUUUAUGAUCAGAUGGAAGGGUAUAUGAAGUUUUACGAGGCUAGGGGAAUAUUUCGACUUUGGCUUGGAUUUAUAGGAUUGAUCAUAGUUUACAAACCAGAGUAUGCUGAGGUGAUUCUUCAGAGCAGUAAACAUUUGGAUAAAGCUGACGAGUAUAGAUUCCUCCAUCCAUGGCUAGGGACAGGUCUUCUAACUAGCACUGGGAGUAAAUGGAAAUCUCGUCGGAGGAUGCUGACACCAACGUUCCAUUUCAAGAUUCUGAAUGACUUUGUGGGUGUGUUCCAUGAUCAAGCCACCAUCAUGGUAAAGAAGCUCUCUGAGGUGGCCGAUGGAAGAGAAUUCAACAUCUUCAAUUACAUCACCCUCUGUGCAUUGGAUAUCAUUUGUGAGACUGCGAUGGGAAGAACUGUUGAUGCUCAGAGUAACAGCGAGUCAGACUAUGUCAAGUCUGUCUACAAGAUGACUGAGCUAGUCUUACAGAGACAGCGGACACCCUGGUACUGGCCUGACUUCCUCUACAACACUAUUGGAUAUGGAAAGGAGCAUGAUAGAUGUCUUCAGAUUCUCCAUGGAUUUACUAAAAAGGUAAUCAAGGAGAAAAUGGAGAGUCAGACUGAGGAAUCGCGACACAGUAUGGAGGAAAUGCUGAGUCAGCACUCGGAGGAAGACAUGUACAGGAGCAAAGGUCAGAGGUUAGCCUUCCUGGACAUGCUGCUGUGUAAAACAGAAGAUGGCUCCCAGCUGUCCAUGGAGGAUAUCAGAGAGGAAGUGGACACAUUCAUGUUUGAGGGGCAUGAUACAACAGCGGCAGCCAUGAACUGGGCUGUCCAUUUAAUUGGUGCAGAUCCCCAGGUUCAGGCUAAAGUCCAUGAGGAAAUGGACCAGGUAUUUGGGGACAGUGACAGGCCAGCUACAAUGAAUGAUCUAAAGGAGAUGAGGUAUCUGGAAUGCUGUAUAAAGGAGGCUUUAAGACUGUUCCCUUCUGUGCCGUUCUUUGGUAGAAAGUUAACAGAGGACUGUCAAUUUGAUGAAUACAAAAUUCCCAAGGGUACGACAGUGAUCAUUACACCGCCCGGGUUACACAGAGACACACGAUACUUCCCUGACCCAGAGAAAUUUGAUCCUGACCGAUUUUCACCAGAAAACAGUCUCAAACGACAUCCCUAUUCCUAUGUCCCUUUUUCAGCUGGACCCAGGAACUGCAUUGGCCAGAAAUUUGCCCUCCUGGAAGAGAAAGUGAUGCUUUCCAACAUCUUCAGAAAAUUCAGUGUUACCUCCAAACAGACCAGAGAGGAGCUGCUUCCCAUUGGAGACCUCAUAAUGAGGCCAGAACAUGGGAUCUUUGUGGAAAUACGCCCCCGCCAAAAGUAACAAUCCAUGACAUACUGUGAUAGCUUGAAUCAAAGUAUCAAUUUCUAUAA